GCUGCAGCAAAAAGUGGGUUACAUUACAGUAUUGCUUUGCUGCUGGGGAUAAAAGGCCAAUAAUUUAAGAGAACUGUGUACAGGGAGGCUCAUGUCAGCUGAGCACUUUGUGAAGGUCCAUAUGGACACUUGGAAGGCCAGUGAGGUACUUACGAAGAACCAUGGGGGUGUUGAUGUCUAAGAGGCAGACAGUAGAGCAGGUACAGAAGGUGAGCUUGGCUGUAUCUGCCUUUAAGGAUGGGCUGCGGGACAGACCUUCCCUCCGACGCACAGGUGAGCUUCCAGGUUCCCGCCGUGGCACUGUAGAGGGCUCUGUCCAAGAAGUACAAGAGGAGAAAGAAGCUGAGGCAAGCACCCCAGUGCUCCAAGAAGAGAGCAGCGGCUAUGGCUAUCGUGCAGCCUGGGAGAGGCUUCGAGAUGGGCGUGGAGUGGAGCCUGAGGACUUUGACAAAGCCGGUCGUUUCACACCCCCUGCCUAUAUCCGCCCCACCCGGAAGCUGGAUGAUGACAAGCCUCCAGAUAUCUCCUUGGAGCUCAGAGAAGCUAUUGUCAAUGAUGAGAUGUGUGAUAUCUGUGAAGUCUGGACAGCUGAGAGCCUCUUCCCGUGCAGGAUCUGCACAAGGGUUUUCCAUGAUGGCUGCCUGCGCCGCAUGGGCUACAUCCAUGGAGACAGUACAGCGGAGGUGACCGAGACGGCCCACACGGAAACAGGCUGGAGCUGCCACUACUGUGACAACCUCAACUUGCUGCUAACUGAAGAGGAAAUGUACAGCCUUACAGAGACUUUUCAGCAUUGUAAAGUAAUUCCCGAUUGCUCCCUUACGCUGGAGGACUUCCUGCGCUACCGCCACCAAGCAGCAAAGCGGGGGGACAAUGACAGGGCUCUAAGCGACGAGCAAGAAGAGCAAGCAGUCGGCCAGUUUGCCUCUCUGGACCCUGAACAUCGAGGCCAAGUGGAGUGGUCUGACUUCUUGUCCCAUGAGUCCCUCCUCCUCCUACAGAAAUUGCGUCCCCAGAACUCUCUGUUACGGCUUCUGACAGUCAAGGAGCGUGAGCGAGCCCGAACCACCUUCCUCGCACACAGCAGUGGGAAUACCGUCAGUGAGGCAGAGUGCCGCCAUGCCCAGCACUCUUGGUUCUGCAAGCAACCCGCAGGGGCUGCUUCCUGCAGUGUCAGCGUCAGCCAUGUGGGUCCCAUAGCAGACAGCAGCCCAGCCAGCAGCAGCAGCAAGAGUCAGGACAAGGCCCUACUGCCCACAGAGCAGGAGUGCAGAUCUGUAGACUGGCCUACCUUCCUGCGGGAGAAUGUCAUUUACAUCUUGGCUGCUCGCCCCAAUAGUGCAGCCAUUCACCUGAAACCCCCAGGAUAGCAUGGAUCAGAGAAGCUCAGUUCGGAGACAGUGGCAUUCUCUCCCUCCUUUCCUUUCCCCACCUCCCCCCACCCCCACCCCCUGGUACUGAGACUCAUGGGAGUGGAUCACUGACAUCAUCUCAAUUUGCCACUAAGCUUUAUGUCUCUGAAGUCACUGUUCCUUCACAACAGAGGCAGUAAAUGUAUUGCCACAGGGAGAAUACCUAGGAACUGUAGCAGCCUCUGCUCCUGGACACCCUCCACCUUCCAUGUUUAAGCGUGCACAGGCAUACAUGUAUACAUAGGCCUUGCUGUCAUGCCAUCAGAGACCUGGUUCUUUUGGGUUGGGAAAGAACCAGAGCCCCUUUGUGAAAUCCCUGGUAUGGAUCAAGGGACUGUAGCUGACUCAUGCGUGCUCCUAGAGAUAUAGCCAGGCUCCCUCUCCCCAGUGAUUAUCCCUUCUGUGGUGAGCUGUUGUUCUGGUGGGUAUACAGUAUGUCCCUUAGGUGUGGGGAGUGGGGAAAUUAUUGAAAACCACCAUUGUACUUCCCUCUGUUAUUUAUUUAAGUUUCAGUGCUUUGUGACAGAGAACGCAACUGGUCUGUUCAUCUUAAUUAGAAAAGGGGGAGGUAGCACCCCCCAGGGACCCAAAAUUCUAGAUCCUUUCACCCAGGUCAUCCAAGUCCAGAAGUCUAUAGCAAAAUGUGAGCCACUCUGGUACCUGUUUCUUCGAUGGGCGCUCACGGCCCAGAACCCAAAGGACCUGAAAGAACAAGUAUGAUGGCAGCAUCCCGGCCCUCCGUGUUAGAUGCUUUGCUCAAAUCAGCUACCCAGGGACCCAAAUCCCAAGUUUCAAAGAGGACAAAGUCUGGAUGAAAGAGGAGAGAAGACACAUGCUUUUCCAUCCUUCCAGCUCAUCUCAAAUGUAGACCUGGAAAAGUCUCCAAAGCCCAAGAAAGAGCAACACAACUGAAGUCAUGAGCAGGGACUUCUCUCAACCAUCCCAGCAAUGACAAUAAGAACCUGGAGUGAAGAAGACUUGCAUCUUUGCUUUGUUAAGCAGAGAAAGUCCCAAGAAACGCUCACAGAAAGAGGUUUUUCUUUCUACCCAACACUAAGAUAUGGUCUGAGUUGCUGCCACUCACUGCAAGCCCUUUCCAAAGUGAGGGUCCAGGCUUGGCAUGGGUGGACUUUUCGGGUCAAGCAGGGUCUACAAGGGUGCCCAGCCUGUCCUCCAAGUCUCAGACCCCCUUUCUAAAUUCUCUUCAGAUUCUCAAGGCAGUGCAUCUUGUGGGUCCCCCUGGCCCUGGAGUCCAGGUUUCUAUUUCCAGUCUGUUGACUUAGGUUUAGCCAGAUCUGAGUACCUGAUCUGAUGGAGGAUUAGCUCAGUACUCCAGCAGCUAGCAUAUCCCCAUUGCUCAGGGCACUUGUACUAAAUUGGGUGCUGCCAGGAGCAGCAGUGCCCAACGCUGAGAUGCUCAGAGAGGAGAGAGCUGCACCAGGAGCAUAUUAAGAGCACUGCACAGUCUCCUCCUUUAGAAACUGCUUGACCUAGAAGCAGAGCAAGAAUCUUUCUGGGAUUGGAUUUUUUAAGCUUGAAGUGAAGAAGAUGAAACUGGGUUCAUAUAUUUGGCCCUGAACAUUUCAAAAACCCACAGCUUUUUAUAAAUACUCGUUAGCCAUACUCCCUAGUAUGAGAGGCCAAUAUUCAGUCCGGUCCUCCCACCCCCCAAAAAAACAAACAAGCACAUUAUUCUUGGGUCUAAAACUGCAUCUGCAGCAGCCAGGCCUGGGGUUUGCACUGAGAAGAUUAAAGCACGUUAAGCCCAGGGGCUCUUGCUUACUCUCCUGGAAAAUUACCUUCUAUGGCAGUGGCCUUGGACUGCUUGAUUCCAUGGACAGGGCAUUAGAGUACAGAUAAGCUGUUCAAAAGUGAGCAGCUUUUUUUACUCCUGCCUCAUCAGUCUAUCUUCUUGGUCCCUCAUCCUUCACAGAUCAAGGUGAUGCCUACCUCUUUAGAACUACAGCUUCUAGCUCUCUGGGUGAGUGGUAGAGAGACCACAGGCCAGAUCAGGCCAGCCAUAUCCUAGGGCCUGGAAAAGCAGGCCCCAGAGUUCUUCCACAAGAGAAUCAGGCCCACUUGAAAUUACCUCUCUCCCUAUCCCAACACAGCAAGCUUUUUGGGAAGAUCUUUCCCUGCAGAGGAUGCAGGGUAUUGCCUCCAACAAAGGAGAGAGUUCCUAACCACAGGGUGUAGGAAGCAGAAGGCAGAAAGGCACAGGAAAGCAACAGGCCUCUUCGUAGGCAUCUUAACUUUUCACCAAAGAAGUUCCAUUGCACCCCGAGUCCUGAGCUGCGGAAGCCCCACCCAAGCCUUGGUAGUGCCCUAGUCCCUCUACAGUAAGUAGAGGAGCCUUCUAAACAUUUAUAAGCCUAGUAAAGCCCAUUUCCUUUUCAAGCCCUUGGACCACUGUGACUAUCUGAAAUUCUGCCAAUUAUAAAACUAGUGUCUGACUCUAGUAAGGGUCUGAGAAAAUGUUUCACUUUUCUUAGCUACUUAAAACUUGAAUCAGUGCUUUUCCCCAAGCACCACCCCCUAGCAAGGAAAGACAUGGGUUGUUUAUAUGCUCAUCAGAAGACCUUUGGCCCUAAGCUUGCUUUUCAUCCAGCAAUUCUUUUCCCAGUGCUUGGAUUGAAAUACAGGGCAUCUGGAAGACACAGUGGAGCUGCAGGGGCAGGGGUAUACGAAGCCAGUGGCUGUGGCCACAUAACCUCUCCAGUUCUGUUUCAUGGCUUCCUUUCCGAAACCAGCUUUCCCAGCAUGUAUAGGCUCUGGGUUUUGAGGGAUGCACCUUGGGGCCCCAGGGAUGGAGCAGUUUCCUCACUCCUAGAUACUGACCCACUGUCAAGUGCUCUUCUUCCUUUAAGGACAGCCACCACCAAAGCCAUGAGCACAUGGCCUCUUCCUGUUUUCAGCCCGAGUGACUGGAGCUAUAGGGUAGGCAUCAGCCUUUCUGGCUUUCGUGCUCCCUGUGGGUGUCACCCUGGCCUUGUUUGGCCAAAACUGUCCCCCCCCCACCCCCAAACAGACACACACACAUAGACACACACACGCACACACACACUCCUAUCACCAAUAUAGAAAGCAUAGAUUCAUACUGCCUGGGAAAGGGCACCUUACUGGGGGCUGAGUUCAAAAUGUGCCGAGGCCUCAGUCCAAAGCACAACCUCAACCAUGUGGGUCUCAUGAUUUUAGUGAGAAUGGUGUCAGGAGGCCCUUAAGUUGGGAGGGAAGCUCAGAAAAAGCUGGUCUGGAGUAGCCAAGCCCCUGUAGCCAAGAGAUCUCCAGGCAGGACAGAAUUAAGAAUAGUUUCUGGUGAUCCUGUAGAAAUGUCCCCUUUGAACUAGCAGGGUAACAAGAGGUAAAUACUUGUCACUAAAAGGCAAAAUUACCUUAAUGUCAGAGUUUCAGGAUAUCCUAAUAAGCACUAUAAUCGUAGUUAAUAAGUAUAGACCCUUUCACUCACUUGUUUGAUGUAUACCCAGUUACAGUGGCAUAAACCCGCUGCUUUCUCCAUGCCACUUAGUUUGAGUUUGCCCAGGAUUUCUGGACCCCCAGCUUCAGCCCAGACAACAAAAAUCCCCUUGAGUUGAGGAUAUUAAUGCAUUAUGCCUGUUUCCACCAGCUCAGCCCUGGAGUGGAGUGAGACUGGCCACUUCUGCUGCCAGGCUUUUGGUUACCUUGAAAGAAAACAAAAAUUACUGAAAUUCUAAACCUAGAAAUACUAGACAUUACUAGCACUAAAGAAAACUACCUUCCCUCUGGACCACAGGUCCUGAAGGCAUAGAAUGUGGCGAGAGUAUAAAGUCUAGCCUGGGCCAGUGACUAAGAAACCUUGCCUUCCAGUUUGUAUAGUAUUGUUAACAUGACCACAGAUUAAAACAUCAAGGAGGAAAGGCUUUUCCAUUUCAUGGUGAAACAGACCCUUAAGCUUAGCUUCCUGUGAGAGAUGGCCUGUGAUCUGUCUCCCAGUCUAAUGCAGCCUUGUAAAAGGUGGCUGGGAGACCACGCAAGCGACAGUGGAGAAUGCAGUGCUCUCUCAUCCUUCAAGUUGUCCCCAUGCACUUUUCUGCGGAAAGUGACAGUAAGCUGCGGGGGCAUCCCUAAGCCCUGUCUUCCCAACAUUACAGCUGCAUGUUCCUCCCUAUGGCUCAGCCUUCAGAAGGAGCUGAUGCUCCCAGAGGCUGGGCACAGUGGAAAUCAUAAUAAAGAGAUUGUGAUGCUGUU